CUCUGCCGGACUAGCUACUCUUCGUGCCGCCUUCCAGGGCGGGGCGGGGGCUGCUCCUGCCUGCCUGCCUGCCUGCUCCGCCCUCGUGCCGGCUCCCGCCUCAGCGCCGACCGAGCACGGGGAGCGGAGCUGCACCUGCAGCGGCUCAGGAUGGCGCUUCACCGCAGCCAGAAGCUGAACCUGCUGCGACUUGCGGUCCUCCUGACAGUGGCACUGGCUGGCAUCAAGUUCUUCUUCCGGGACAGCUUUACGCUGGACCAGCACAGGGAAGUUAGCGGGGAAAGCCACUUCUGGGGCAAUGUGCAGGAUGCAAAACAGCCAGGCAACCCCCAGGCUCGAUCAUUGGGGCAUUCGGAUCGCCAGGCAGCGGCCGGAGCAUCUGGCCCGGACUUGAAGAAACUGCCCCACCGGGACUUCAGCUCCAUGCAGAUGCGGUUGGUCCAUCUGGACCUCAAAGGGGCAGCUCCUAAAGUAUCCUACCUGGAGCAGAUCUUCCCACUCUUCUCCAAGAUGGGGGCCAAUGGGGUCCUGAUUGAGUACGAAGACAUGUUUCCCUUCAAGGGAGAACUGGAGAUCCUCAGGUCUCCCUAUGCUUACAGUGAAGAAGACGUCUCGAAGAUCCAGGAGUUGGCAGGCCUCAAUAAACUGGAAAUAAUCCCGUUAGUACAGACUUUCGGGCACGUGGAGUUCAUCUUGAAGCAUGAGAAGUAUCGGCAUCUGCGUGAGGUGGAGCGUUUCCCCAACAGCUUCAACCCCCACCUGCCAGAGACGCUGGGUCUCCUAAAGGUCCUGCUCACCCAAGUCCUCAGCAAGCACCCUCAAUCCAGUUGGGUACACAUCGGGGCCGAUGAGGUCUUCCACUUGGGCGAAGGGUUGGAUUCCAAGAACUGGAUGAGUCGCAACGGAGGCGAUACGGGGAAGAUGUACCUGAACCACAUCCGGGAGGUGGUGCAAUUCAUCGCCAGCCAGCCGUGGGGGCUGCAGGUGCUGCUCUGGGACGACAUGCUGCGGAAGGUUGGCGUUGCAGCCAUCCAAGAUUCCGGCAUUGCCAAACACGCGGCUCCCGUGCUGUGGUUUUACGCUCCAGACUUUGACACGCAGCAAAUAGGAAGAUACAUUGAAAAGUACGCCGAGUGCGGCUUCCCAACCAUCUGGUUUGCGAGCGCCUUCAAAGGCACCACGGGCCCCGCCCAGGCCUGGACCCCCUUAAACACCCACCUGCAGAACCACCUGCGAUGGCUGAAGGUCAUCCAGUCCAUGGAGAAGACGCCCUCCAUCCGUUUCCAGGGCAUCGUGCUCACAGGCUGGCAAAGGUACGACCACUACUCUGCUUUGUGUGAGCUGCUGCCCGUUGGGAUCCCCUCGCUGGCCGUGUGCUUGCAGACCCUGGUGAACGGAGGCUUCACUGACACAGCCAAAAAGAAAGUCCUGGCCAUCCUAGGCUUCCAGAACCUCCACCCUGAAAAGAACACCUGCGAAGGAACCGGCACAUUUCCGGGUUCUGAUAUCUACCGCAUGGUCGAGCAAGUGGAUGGCCAGCUGAAGGACUCGGUCAGCAAAGUCUUGGAGGAUGAAAGCUCCAUCAAGGGAUGGUUCAGCCCAUAUCACCGCAAGCAUCAGUUCGGCAACCCACGAAAUAUGGAAAGUUUCGGCAGCAAAGUGCUCAAAGUCCAUGAAGACUGGGAGAGCAUCAUCCAGACUCUGCGCUCACACAUGGAGAGCAUCUACUUCCCUGACACCGUGGAGGAAUGGAUGGAGGAGAACAUCAAUCCCCACAUGGACCGCUUGCGCGAGUUUGUCCGCGACUUCAAAGAAGUCAUCCGCCUGAAUGCCCGGCCCAAGACCCUCUAGGGAAGGGCCCCCUCCCACGCACAAAAGGGGGGGCCCGUUCGUGGUUCAGUCCAACUUGUGUGUUUUUUUUUAAACUCGAAAGAACUUGAGGAUGGAGAGUGGUGGCGGUGGGGCUUCCUUCCAGGACAGGGUUUAGUGCCUCUUCUAGCACUGGGCCACCAAAAUCUGUUUCUAGCCAGUUUUGAUGGAUUCCCUCUCCCUCCCCCAGGUUGGCACCUCCCCCCUCCCCAUCGGCGAUCUGUGGGCCUGUUUGGAGAGGGAAUAGUAAUUCUGGUGGGGGGCUUGCCGGACAGAAGAGUUUUGGUCCUGGUUUCCAUUCCUUUCUAUUUCUUCUUUUUCAAUGUGGUUUAGCGCUCUCGGAACCGGCACUGUUAGCAGACUGGCCUCCCCCCCCCCAGUGCUGCUCCUUGGGGGGGAGAAAGUGCCACAGGGGUGUCGGGAAUGACUGUCACAUUCUGACAGAGACGGAGGUUGGGGGGCAUUGCUGAAUGACGUUGGAAAGGACAAAAGGGAAAGAGAACCUCCAUCUUUCCAGCACCUUCCUUCGAAAGUCCCUUCUCUUGUCUGAAAAAAGGGUAGAUUUAACUUUUUCCCCACGGAAACUUGAAAUCCAUUCUCGUCUUUCACCGGUCACGGCGUUCUUCGUUUUUGCUCAGCUGUAGUCAGGAUAGUGCAAUGGUGGCAUCCUGGAACGGAGGCCACAGACUGGGGGAGGAGAGAGACUUUGAACCUCCCUUCAGAGUCAGCAGACCAGGCCAAAGACGCCUUCCUUGGUGGUAGCCCAAGUUCUCCAGAACAAGAGAUCAAGGAAGCAGCCCUGGGGAAGGGGCAAAACAUCCGCUCCACAUCUUGCUGCCGCCCCCAUCCCCAUCCGGCAGCUCCCAGGGUCCCUAGGCAUUCCGAACUUUCGGAAUUCCGAAGCUGCCUUGCAGGCCUCUAAGCCAAAGUCUUCCUGAUGGUGAAAAAACCCGAGUUGUCGUUGUGGACUGUGAAUUUGUUUUCUCAGGGAGCGUGUCAAAGGACUUCCCAUUUGCCACCCAUCCCAGUGUCUUGG